UCUCCUCACAGUCCACCGCACGUCUCGUCUCUGCACCGGCGCUGUGCCGCUUGCCUACCACCCGCCACCAUGCUUGCGCUCAGCCAUGUGCACCCGGCGAGUGCCAGCUCGGCGGUGCUCUUUGUGCCGCCGCACGUCCUCGGGCCCGCCGCCGGCCUCGUCUUCCUCGGCCACGCAUCGCUCACGCUGCUGCGCCUCGAGGCCGGCCUGCCGUCGGUGUCGCUGGCGCUCGCCGCACGUCCGCUCUCGGUACGCCUCUCGCACUCGCUCGCUGCGCUGCUGGUGCACACCGAUGCGCCCACGCCGCGCCUGCUUGUCGUGGGCCUUGAGCCGUCCGAGCACGACAGCACGCCGCGCCUCUCUGUGCGCCGGGCGCUGCUGCUCGAUGCCUCUGGCAUUGCCGCACGUCCGCCGCCAGAGAUGGGCGCUGGCACACAUCUCGCCGCGGCGGGCCCGAGCCGGACAGAGUGGGCCGCGGCGCACGCACAGGUCGGGAGCAUGCGCAUCUGUCGUGUGGCCGGCGACUUGAGCGAUGCAUGGAGCGCACGGCUGCCGCACCCUCACAUCCUCUCGCACCUUCUUCUGCCGACCGGCACGGAUGAGGUGCCCCUUCUAGCUCUGCUGUCGAUCUCAUCGACGCCUUCUACGCUGCCCGGCCUGGGCCCGCAGUGCCUGCCUGUACUCUCCUUCCACACGCUCAACAGCUCGACGCAAAGCAUCCCGCCGCUGCCGUGGUCGGCAUCGCGCGCGACGGUCAGCCGACCACCUGCUGCGGCAGCCGCGCCCACAGAGCGCAAGGGCCCGGCCGCGCUUGGCCGCGUUCGCACCGCCGAGGAGCUGCAGGUGCUCGACUCAGCGUCCUCUAUCGGGCUGGCACACGUGCCUCUCUCGCCUGCCGAUGCCAUCGGCGCGCACGCCCUGGGCGUCCUACCUGUGUCGCUGCGCGCGCUGCUGGUUGCCACCGAGCGCGCCAUCCUUCUCGUUGGGCUGCCCGACGUCAGCGCAAAACCAGCCUCACCGGUCAAGCGGCGCAAAGCCAGCCGUGGUGCCGAGACGCACGAGGCUCAACUCGGCACGAGCCCCGAGCAGCAGGCCAACACAAACGGCAAGCGGCCUCACCGCCGCAGCUCUGCUGCUUCGACAUCUGGCGUGGGCCAGCUCAGCGCACAGCCCGCACUCCUGCGCGUCGCACUGGAUCGGCCUACGCUUGUCCGUGCCACUGUCAUUCUCACCGCUGCAGACGGACAGGAGGUCUUCACAGCAUCACAGCAGGCAGAGCAAGGCGAGGUCCGAGUGAUGAUCGGCACGCACGCCGGCUCGCUGCUUCUCCUGACCAUCGCGGUCACGCGCGCGACGGCUUCCUCGACAUGGCAGCCGAGAUCUCUCGCGCUGCUGACGCUCGGCGACAUUCCUGCGCCUGCCGGCUCCGAUGCGCUGGCGUACGCUGGCGACGGCGUGCUCGCUGUCGCGUCUGCUGGUGGCGACUCGGUGCUCGUGCAGCUGCCUGCGUCGCUGCUGCGCCCAGACGGCGACGUGAAAGACGGCGAGCAGUCCUUGACGGUGCUGCACGAGAUGCCCAAUCUCGCUCCGAUCUUGGACCUCGUCGUCGACACCCAGGGCGCGCAGUCGCGCGUCAUCACCGCAUCGGGCACAGGUCCGACCGGCUCGCUACGAGUCGUGACUCGUGGUGUCCAGUGCUCGACGCUCAGCAGCGUGUCAGCGCAAGACAUCGAGCGAGUGUGGACAGCCAGAGGCCGCAUCGUCCUCGCCGUCGGAGCCAAGGCACACGUGCUGCGACAGGAGGCUGGCAACAUGUCGCCUGAAGCAUGGCCAGUGCCCGACGCUGCGCCGCUCGCCGUGCAGACAUUGCAGGACGGCGCGGUACUCUGGGCGAGUGCGGAGGGCGUCUUGCUUCUCUCGUCGGCUGGUCAGGAGCUCGCGCGCAUGGCAGCGCCGGCCAAGACGCCGAUCCUGCAAGCUGUCCUCGACGAGCACGGCCAGGUGCUGCUGGCGCUGGACGGUGGCAAGCUCUUGUGUCUGCAACGGUCGGGCAAUGUCCUCGCCGAGCGUGGUCAGGCCCAAAUGGACGCCGAGGUCUGCUCGCUCGACCUGCGUUCCUUCACAUCUGAGCCGAGCACGCUCGCAGCUGUCGGUCUGUGGACACGCUCUGUGCGCCUUCUGUCACUGCCAACGCUCGCAGAUGCCACACCAACCGCGCUGCUCGGCCCUCAAGACUCGCUUCCCCGAUCUGUCCUUCUGCACGCGUUCACGCCAGCCGCGCCGCACCUUCUCGUCGCUCUCGGAAGCGGCAAGGUUGCGGUCCAUCGUCUGGCGCUGCCUCACGCCGACUCGAUCUCGAAGUCGAUCGGAGUGCUGGAGUCUCGCGUCACGAGUGUCGGAACACUGCCGGCGCGUCUUGAGCCGUACGAAGCGGCGGGCAGCAACUCGAAGGCUGUGCUUGCCUGCUCCGACCGGCCAGCUGUCAUCACGCUCUCCGGCUCGCAACUGACGGUCUCGCCUCUGCCGAUGCACGACGUGCGCGACGCAUCGUCCAUGCCCGCAUCCAGCAGCGAGCAGCGAGGCGUGGUGCUCCUCGUGCGGCCGGACACGCUCGAUCUCGUGCAGCUGGGCGAGAGCCAGACACUCGACGUCAAGGCUGUGCCUCUGGGACGCGACAAUCCCACCGCUCUGGCCCUGCAUGCCUCUGCCUCACGCCGAUCAAUCGUCACCACGACGUGGCGCUUCCGGCCAGAGGGCACCGAGAGUCUUGAGCGUCCGCACGGCCAUGUGCAGCUGCUCGACGCGGAGAUGUUUGACGUCUUGGACCGUGUGCAGCUGGACUGGGACGAGCGGCCGAACGCGAUCGGCGUCUUCAAGUUCGAGGAGAGCAAGGACGCAAUCAUUGUGGUCGGCACGGGCUUCGCCAUGCCCGACCGCAGCGAGACAACCGAGGGACGUCUCCUCGGCUACCGCGUCGCUCGCACGGCGGGCGGCCAGUCGAAGCUCGAGCAGGUGUUCGGGCAGCAAGUCCGCGGCAACGUCUUUGCGGUCGAAUCCUGCGCUGGCGUGCUCGUCGCAGCCGUCAACGCCGAGGUGCUCACCUUCGCCGUCGACAAGAGCAAAGACGAGGAGAGCGCCUUCUCGCUGCGCCAAGUCGGCCAGUGGGGCUGUGCCUUCACCGCCGCGACGCUGUCUGCUCCGGAUGCCAGCAACUCUCGUAUUGUCGUCGGCGAUGCGCUCCGCUCACUGGUCGUCUUGCGCGUCGAGUCGACGCCCACGAUGCGCGGCGCGCUCGUCGAGGUGGCGCGUGACUGCGACCCUUACUGGACGACCGCCGGCGAGAUCCUGGACGACGAGAAGCAGACCUUCAUCGGCGCCGACAUCGCCUUCAACGUGUACACGGUGCAGCGCAGCAAGCGCAGCCCCGAGGAGCGUGCGCGUGUCCAGCGCCUGCGCGACCGCGCUCGCGAGCAGGGCAGAGAAGUGCGCGAAGACGGCGGCGAGCAGGAGUGGAGCCACGUCAUGGAGCGCGGCGCCGCCUGGCACUACGGCGACCUAAUCAACCGCUUCCGACGCGGAUCCCUGGCUUCAUCGCAACCGUCAGCGUCCGCUGGUGCCUUGAGUGUGACGCCUCGCAUCGUCUUCGGCUCGGCUGCUGGUGCCAUUGGAACGCUUGCAUCGCUCGGCGAGCGCAGUGGCAUCAUCGCUGCAGAGAUCGAGCGCAACUACUGUGCCGCGCUGCAGCGCGCGUCACCGAGCGCCAUCCGGGCCGAGGACUGGCGCACGCUGCGCACCGAGCAUCGCAUUGCGCCGCCGACUGGCUUCGUCGACGGCGACCUGUUGGCGAGCUUCGCAGCGCUGUCUGCGUCUGAGCGUCAUGGCAUCCUCGCCGGAGACGACGAGAUGCCCGCCGUCGCAGCCACUGCGCCCGAGGUCAAUGCUCUGCUAGAGGAGCUGAGCCGCGCAGCAUAGGUGCACAUUCUCCCGAUCCCCUCCUUCUCCAUCCUCCAUUCUGUAUGAUCACACACACACACGCAAUCCCGUCGAGUCAUG